ACUCGGUCAGGAGCUGGGCACAUGGAUUUCUAGCGGGGACUCGUCUGAUGCGCGCGCUUGAGGCAGUUUUUCAACCCGCUGUCUAGCUAUUGGGAAUUUAGGAUUUUCAACCCGCUGUCUAUCGGGUUGAAUAUCUUGAAGUGCAAAUGACGGGAUGGUGAAUUAAAAGAGAAUUGGACUAAGUGGGUUUAUCCCGAAUGUUGUUAGCCCAUCUGAUGAUUAGACCAAGUGAUAAUAGACCAUCCAUCAGUAAACCGACGGGAUUGCAUCGGGAUUGCGUCGUGUUUUGACAAAAAAGUGCCUAGAGUUGAGGCGCAAACUACAUGAACAAAUAGAGAUCAAAUCUGAAAAAAUCUCGUGUUUUACAGUUGUGCGAGAGUUGGAGAUUGUGUUCUGGAGAAAGGAAGUGAUUUUCAUGCGUUCUGACUUUGAAGCAAGCUUCAUCCGUCUUCUGGAUAAGAUUACUAAUGGAUCGUAUAUUGAAGUUAACCAGACAGGAACCCAAGUGCGCUACCAGCCUGGUCUUCUUGUAGGAGGUAGCAUAGAACAUGAUUGCAACAUUCAGAGGGCUCUAGGAUAUUACAUGGAAGCCUUGAUCUGUCUCGCUCCGUUCGGUAAGAAGCCGGUCAAGGCUGUCUUGAGGGGUGUGACCAAUGACCAGAUUGACCCUUCGGUCGAUGUGAUCAAGGCAGUGACAUUCCCUGUCCUCAGGAAAUUUGGAAUCGAUGAAGGAUUAGAACUAAAGGUGAACAGGAGAGGGGCGCCCCCUAAUGGUGGGGGAGAGAUACUGUUCCGAUGUCCCGUCAUACGUAACCUUCGACCUCUGCAACUCACCAAGCCGGGCAAGAUCAAGAGAAUUAGAGGUGUAGCAUACGCCAUGAGAGUGUCUCCGGCCACACCCAACAGGAUAGUGGAUGCAGCUAGGAGUAUCCUCAAUCAGUUCUUACCGGAUAUCUACAUAUACACGGACCAUAUGAAGGGACCGCAGUCUGGAAAAUCUCCUGGUUUUGGGUUAUCAUUGGUCGCGGAGACGACGGAGGGAAACUUUAUCUCUGCCGAAACAGCAUCUAACAAAGCUGGUGAAGAGGCCAGCAUUCCUGAAGAUCUUGGAAAACAGACUGCUAUGUUACUCAUGGAGGAGAUAUACCGGGGUGGGUGUGUAGACUCACGGCACCAGUCACUUGCAUUGUUAUUAAUGACUCUGGGUCAAGGAGACGUUUCCAAGAUUGUCACAGGCCCUCUGUCACCUUACACGAUACAGUUCCUGAGGCAUCUCAAGGAUUUCUUCCAGGUCAUGUUCAAAAUGGAGGUGUUGCCCAGUGACGUGGACGAAGACGGGUCCAGGAGGUCGGGAGGAGACAAGGUGCUUCUCACUUGCAUCGGAGCAGGUUUCACAAACCUUAGUAAAACUAUAAUGUGAUUACGAAGAGGAUGAACUAGAUGAUGAUGUGGCCGAUGAUGGGAACUGGUGCUCGAACUAGUUUGAAGGCAAAAGCAGAGAUAAGAUGUGUUAUAUCUAGUAGAGAUUUCCAAGACCUCACAGUAGGUGCUUCAAGGCCAAGACAAGAACCAUAUUGGUCUUAUCGAGGGCUGCUGUCUGAAGUUCUAGACCCAAAGAGAGCAUUCAAAUUAAAAACAAGGUCUGUUAUAUCUAGUAGAGAGUUCCAAGACCUCAAAGUCAGUGCUUCAAGGCCAAGCCAAAUCCAUAGCGGUCUUAUUGACAGCUGAUAUCUGAAGUUCCACAACCCUAGAGGAAAGAUCAGAUCUAUAAUGUAGUAGAGGGUUCCAAGACCUCUAAAUAAAGUACCUCAAAGUCAAGACAAAUUCCACAGUUGUCUUGUUGAAAGCUGAUAUCUGGAGUUCCAAGAACUCAAGGAGAGUGCUUUAAGGCCAUGAUUUGAGCUGUAGUUGUCUUGUAGAGAACUACCGCCUGCAGAGGUUACAUGUAUGUCGGAAUUUCCUUAUAGGUUCACUUCUUGAACACGGGGUAAUUCGAGGUCUGGGCUUAACGACAAAAGGGUUUGCAUUUGAUCCAAUUAAUCACUUGUUCACUUGUAGACCUGGGGUGGUAUUAUCGAAAUUGUCUCAACUUUUCUUGUAAGUCAGCAAGAUAACAGCUCGCUAGCAUUCUCUUAAAUUGGUAUUCUGAAAAUUUUCUUAUCUCUGUAAGGACGUCCCGUAUUUUAUCUCUGACACACCCAAUAUUUCAUCAUCAACCAAUAAUUAAGCUUGUUACAUGCUUAGGUCAACCAAUAGAAGCGUCUCUUUUGAAAAAUAAUGAAGCACAUUGUUGAUAUGAGGCGUAAUUUCCUUGCGCCCCCGAUUCUUAUGCUUGUGCGCUUCUGUGCAAAAAAUACACAUGGCUCCUUUCAAAGACAUAUUUUCUCUGAAAAGAUUCAUCGUCUAGAACACCAAUUUUUUCAAUUUCUGAAAAGUCUACCAAUCCAUCGUUAUAAUGUCUUUGGAAUGUCUCCUUUUGUAAAACAUGACGUUCUUGCGGGAUGCAGCAAGAAAUAAUUAUUGAAGACGGACAAAUAUCACAUGCAACAAUAAGUUACGAUAGCACCCUACCUCUUGUAAAUUUUCUUGUAUUUUGCAAGAAAGUUAACAGAACGCAAAAGAUAAGAGAAUUUCAGAAUACCUUUUAUCUCGAUAUGUUAUCUUACGCAAAGGGAUAUUUAUGCGCCGUUUUUUAACUUUACGCAUAAUUCUAGCUCUGACAUCAUACGCACUCAGCGAAAGUUCCAAGUAAAUUUACAAGAAAAGAUACAAGAAUUUUCGGAAUACAGAUUUUAUUGUAACUCUAAAGAUACAAGAAUAUUUCUCUUAAGACAAUUCAAACUGCGGUCCAACUCAGAUCUAUACUUGUAAAUACAUCAUUAUCUUGUCAAAUCAGAGUACUCUGUGGAAGAGCCGGGGUGUAGUGGUUCUGACUCUCGCCUUGUAAACAGAGGGUCAUGUGUUCGAAUCCCACCGCGGUCUAGCGUCCUUUGGCAAGGCGUUAAUCUACACUUUACCACUCUUGACCCAGGUGCUAAAUGGGUACCCGGUAGGAUGCAAAAGAUAUUGUAUGUUUGAUUUUGCCAGCGCCAUAAUGAGGCUGCGAUGAAUGCAAGGAAUGCUCCCCAGGGAGUGGAAAUUUUGCCCUUUUCGUGCGGGAUUGAAAUGAAUCCAAUGACCGGGGUAAUAAUAUGCUGUAACGCGCUUUGAGCCAUUUUGGGAAAAGCGCUUUAUAAAAAUUGGCUAUUAUUAUAUUGGCUACUCUUCGUCGUUUCCAGAGGGAAGUUGUGCAAAUUUUAUAAAGAAGAAUUAUGACAUGGAUGGAUUUCCAUAGUUGAGAUUGAUUGGAUCAAUCAUAACUGUUUGAACGAAGGGGCUCUCGGCCGAAUGGCACUGGCUACUUCAGAAGAAUGCAGAGAUGGUGAAUCGUAAAUCUGAAGGAAAUCAAACUGCUUGUCAUGUAAAUAUCUUUUUAUUUUUAAUUCGCCAAAUUAUUAAAACUAAAACUAAAUCGUAAAUCAAUUUUGAUUGUUUCGUUUUAAUGUCGUGUGGCAGAUAUUGAAGUGUAAGUUUGUGAUUUUAAAAAAAAAGAUGAGAAGGAAGACAUCAUCAUUAGGCUUGAGUCACAUUUUUGUCACACUCUUGUUUGAAUGCUCCCCAGGGAGUGGAGAAGGUGUAUACAUUGUAUGCGGGCAUGCAAGGAUCCGAUGACCGAGGUAAUAAUAUAUCUGUAAAGUGCUUAGAGAUGUUGUUCCGAUGUAUUAAGCGCUAUAUAAAUGCAGAAUAUUAUUAUUUAUUUUGAAAAGCACUAUUUGGGUGGUUAGGGUUAACCAUGGGGGGGGGAUGGGGGCACACACUAUUAAAGCCUUCCCCACUAGUUGCUGAAAUUUUACAUGUCAAAUCUUUACAUCCAUUGUAAUGGACUGCCCUUUUUUAAGAAAAAUACUUAUAUUUUCAUUAAAAAAUUGGUAAAGGUAUUAACGGCUACAAAAAGCUCAAAAAAGUUUAUUCUGAUCAGCAAUGUGAAUACGAUAUAUAAUUACAUAUUUGCAGAUUUCAGCUGGAAAGUAGGGACAAAAUCUUGCCUUGGUAACUUUAGAGCCACAUAACAAGGUGUUUCAAAUUUGGAAUCAGAUGAUGUGCAAUACUCAAAAGAAUCAAAUCAUCUAGAAUGUUAAGAAUUCACAUUACAAAUUUGUCAUUAAUAAUGUGGGGCUGGCUAAAUCAUUCCAUUAAUCUUGAGGUAAUUAAGAGAGAAGGAAUGAAGUGAGAAAUAAAUUAUCGGGCCUCAUGAUUACACUCCUUUUCUCCAUUCAUAAAAAGAGGGUGCCAGUUUGUGAUGUUUCUGGUGUUCCGUUUACAUGUUGGAACUUUCACCUAUAUGCCAUCAAAAACUGGCAUGAAGUCUCGUCUAAGAUACAGUGAAUGAACAUACUAGGCCUACAGUUCAAUAUUUGGUAGCCCACAUAAAUCUGACUAGUUUCCUGACAAUUUUUAUGGCGUAAUUGGCUCAAAUUUUCUUAUUGUGUAUUAAAUGGGACACCAAAAAUGUCACAAAUUGGCUCCCUAAUUCGUAUAAUCACCAAUCCACCAACAAGUACACCACCCUUAGAGCCACUGCUACCUUGCAACUAGUCUAUGACCAUAUUUUGGAGCAAAUCACAUUUUGCAUCUUCACUGAGAAUAUUUUUUAUUUUACUUCAAGUUUGAAUCACUAUAAAAACACCGAUAUGGAAAGUUAGGAUAAUAUUGAUAUUGGCCCCGUCUUAAAAAGAGUUAUGAUUGAUCCAAUCAAUCUCAACUGUAUCCAUACCAUAUUUUUUCUACAGGAAAUUUGCACAAUCUCCUUAGUAAACAAAGAUAUU